GAAAGCUAUUAUCUUUUUCCAAGAGGGUCCUGAAACUUCUGCAUCUGUUAAUUUGUAAGUUUCCUCAUUCUUCACUCUCAUGGUAGGCUUUUGCUUCAGCUUGUAAACUAUCGAUGAUGCCCCAUUAUCUCAUUGUUUUUUAUUAUGACCUGUUCUUAUUAUUUUAUCAUCAAUCAAAACAAUGCUCAAAUUCUUAAUAUCUUAAUCUUCUCAUAAUUUUUCCUUAAACCCGGUUGUGGUAAUUCAGUCACACUACCCAGACACUCUUCUAUAUACUAUUAUACUCUUGGUUUGGCUUCUUCAUGAGAUGAUUGUGAAACCUGUUUUGUGUGUAUGUUUUUAUGUUGUGCAGUUGACCUUGCUUGAGUUGUUAUUGCAAUAUCCAAGGUUACCUUGAAUCUUGAUAAUAAUUUGUAGCAGAUAAUCAUGUCAGGAACUUUGCAUAAAAGUAAUAUGAGGUCUAACGGCGAAGAUCUUCGAACCGCUCUACAACCUUUGUUGAAGCUUCUUAGUCUUACAGUCAUAGGAUUACUUCUUGCAAACCCAAAAAUGCAAUUGAUUCCAAAAGCCACAUUCAAACUCCUCAGCAAACUUGUAUUUGCCCUGUUCUUACCCUGCCUAAUCUUCAGUGAACUUGGUGAAAGCAUAACUCUUAAAAAAUUUGUGGAGUGGUGGUUUAUCCCAGUUAAUGUCCUUGUGAGCACAGCUCUAGGAUGCAUACUAGGGUACAUAGUGGUGGCUAUAUGUCGGCCGCCGCCGCGGUUCAACAGAUUCACUAUCAUCAUGACAGGAUUUGGAAAUACUGGAAAUCUCCUUCUUGCUAUAGUUGGAUCUGUUUGCCACAACACUGAGAACAGCCUAUUUGGAAAAGAAUGCAACACAAGUGGGGUGGCUUAUGUCUCUUGGUCUCAAUGGGUUUCUGUGAUUCUUGUUUACACCUUUGUUUAUCACAUGAUGGAGCCUCCUAUGGAGUACUAUGAGAUUGUUGAGGAUGAGGCUGAAAUCAAUGAAGAAGGGCCACUUAAUGAUAUCAGUAGGCCACUCCUUGUAGAAGCUGAGUGGCCUGGCAUUGAGGAUAAUGAGACUGAACAUUCCAAAACACCCUUUAUUGCAAGGAUCUUUAAGAGCAUUUCAGGUAUGUCCUCUUCUAGUAUUCCAGACUUUGACAUCACAGCAGAAAGCAGUGGGAGCAGCACAAUGUCCCUUAGGUGUUUAGCUGAGCCUAGAGUUGUUAGGAAGAUCAGAAUUGUUGCAGAGCAAACUCCAAUUCAACAGAUACUUCAACCCCCAACAAUUGCAUCUCUACUAGCUAUCAUCAUUGGCACAGUGCCUCAGCUGAAAACAUUUUUCUUUGGAAAUGAUGCUCCAAUGUCUUUUAUGACAGACAGUUUGGCGAUUUUAGCCGGCGCAAUGGUACCUUCUGUGAUGCUUAUACUUGGGGGCAUGCUGGCUGAAGGGCCAAAUGAAUCAACACUUGGAAUCAAAACUACAAUUGGAAUCAUUGUGGCCAGACUAGUGGUGCUUCCUCUCCUAGGAAUUGGGAUUGUGGUGUUGGCUGAUAAGCUAAAUUUCUUGGUUGAGAAUGAUGCAAUGUUUAGAUUUGUGCUUCUGCUGCAGUACACAACACCAAGUGCCAUUUUACUGGGUGCAAUUGCAAGCUUGAGGGGUUAUGCAGUAAGUGAAGCUUCAGCAAUUCUCUUCUGGCAGCAUGUGUUGGCUCUUUUCUCUCUUUCUGUGUACAUUGUAAUUUACUUUAGAAUAAUUGUCUAAUUUAAAGUUGCUGCAUAUUUUACACCUAACAUUGUUCUGGUAUUAGUAUACAGAUAAAGUGAUCAUGAAUACAAAUAAUAUUAUUAUAAAAAAAACUGCUUCUUACA